AUGAGUAUCACCAACGAUGGGCCCCCAGUUCAGACGGCCAAUACCGCGCUCUUGAGCACCCAUACUCAAGAUGCGGAGGGCUUGGCCUGUCCUUCGCUCAAAGACAUCUUUCCCAAAUCAGCCCAACUACCUCCUGGUCUAGAUCCCCCACAGACACAGUCGUCACCGCUCAAUGAGCAGCAAGAAUCACUUCUUUCUAUACAGAAUGCUCUAAAAGAACAAGAGUCUUUGCCCGAUGCGGUAGCUCUCAAAAGCGUACCGGGCGAUUUAACCAAACUAUGGGAUUGCCAGUCCCAGUACUUGGUGCAGGCUACAGAAGCUCUGGCUAACGGGAGUAGAAACCCAUCACUUCGUGCUAUGUAUGGCCAGGCGGGGAUUUUGAGCUUCUUUCUUCGGCUUGUAGCCUCCAAGGACGCCACAGAUAGUCGCCUGGUUCUCCAUAGCUUAAGGCUAAUUGGGAAUUCCUGCGCUGAUACGGACGAGAACCGGGAAAUUGUGGUAAAGGAAAACUAUACCUCGGCUAUAUUGCGGCAUUUGUUGCGGUCAGAGCUCAUCCAGGUUGUGAUACCUGUUGUAUAUAAUAUGUGCAUGGACUUUGAGCCUGCCCAGUCCCAAUUAGCCGCAAACAAGAUAGUGUAUAUUCUUUUGAGGCUGAUCAAAGACGACGCAUUUCGGGACAACGACGGCCUUUUGGAAUAUGUGUACGAGUUGAUAGAGCUGGUAGGCGAACAAGAGCAAGGAAUCAACAACUCUCCCGAAGGAACUCUCUCUCUCCUGACAGCACUUGCACUGGGCAAGGACGUUGACCUCGAACUAUCCCAGUUCAACUGCCUUGCAAGUUGUCUCGCGGCCUACCUUAACAACGAUAGGUUCCAGAACAUUUGUCUUUCCAAAAACCUGCUCCCUGACGUUGUAUCCUUGCUCGAACAUUCGCUAUCCUUCAAUCGCACAAGCUCAGUCGAAGAUGCCCAAUCCAUUACACAAUCACGCCUGAAAAUCAACCAGGCACUAGCAGAAUCGUCAGGCUCGCCGCUAUUCGCAGAGCUAUACCCAAUAGAUUCUCGCCUCUCGCAGACACUCAAAAGCUGGCUAACCAGCACUGAUUCUGAGCUUCAGAUAUGCGCCUGCGUCAUGCUCGGCAACCUCGCGCGCUCUGACGAGAUUUGCAUCGCGAUGGUCAGAGACCUCAAAAUUCACGUAGAGCUCAUAGCAGUUCUCAAUAACAACAACGCUAGAGGCGCAGUCCUCCAUUCUGCCCUAGGGUUUGUCAAGAACCUAGCAAUUGCCAGUGAUAAUAGGGAGUACCUAGUCGACGCUGGAAUCAUCCCGGCCAUCUCACGCUUAUGGCGCUAUGAGACCGUCCCUCAAGUUCAGCUCGCUGCAGCCAGUAUUGCCCGGCAGCUGAUAAUCUCCUCAGUCGAGAACAUCAGUCGCCUGCUCCAGCCAGCUAGGAUCACUCCCUCUUCAACCAAUGAAGAUGGCGACGGCAGCCAGCAAACCUACAUCUCCCUCCUCCUCGCCCUCUUCACAAAAGCCGACUCCACCCCAAUCAAGACUGAAAUCGGCCGCAUCGUCGCCUCCCUAUGCCGCACCCUCGUUCCCAAAUCAAAAUCCAGUGAGCAAGAGGAUAGAAAAGAUGCGCUUCUGCUCGAUGGGCUUCUCACCCGUCACAGCGGCAUAGCCCUUCCUCUCGGCGCCAUGAUCACUCAGACCCAGUGGCCUGUUGUCCGGAGCGAAGGGUGGUUUGCUCUUGCCUUGAUGGCUUCGACCGAUGCUGGUGCCGAGGCAGUUAUGUACUGUCUAGGAGAAAUCGAUGGAUUUGCGUUGAUUGAGCAGGCUUUGAAUGUUGAAAAGCCCGGAGAGGCUGAUGGUGAGACGGAGAGGCUGCAGUGGCGUAAAGAUAGGGAUAACAUUGUUGUGCUUGUUCAGGAGCUUUUGAGGAGCGAGCCCGAGUCGCUCGGUUAUUCCUGGAAAUCUGCCUUGCAGGAGCUGAUGAGUACACAUGUUGCAAAGUACCUUCAAGCAAUGUGA